UCGUAACAGGUGCGCUAAUGAAAAGUUGUGUCGUUAUUUUAGCCUCUCACGCGUAAACCAAACUAACUAGCUAGCAAUUAUUGUCACCUCUCAUCACAGUCCAGUAUUUGUGUAGCUUAACACCGCUAAGAAAUAAGGCAACUUGACUGUAACGUCACAGCGCUGCUGCAGUUAGUUUGCCUCUGCCUCUUUGUUUGCGGAUCCCCUUUCUCUUUCGCAGUGUCAGUGCCAGCGUCAAGCCAUUGGGCUAAGAGACCAUCAGUCUUCCCGGCACGACAACACCCCCCUUCUCCACCCUCCAAGCGCCACGCGCACACACGCACCAGCCGUUCUCACGCGUCGCCACAAACCCUCGCAGCUCUCGCGAAGUAGCAGAGGUGAGAUGUUGGUUCCGCCGCGACCCGCCGGUUCUUCCUUCCUUUCGGGCUUCACCUCGGAGAGGAGCGCAGGGAGGGAAGCCUCUGCUAUGCGCUCAGCCGGGGAGCUGAAAUAAGAGAAGGGGAUAUCGGUCCGGAGUGGAUAUCUGUUUAUUUUUUCCCUUGUGAAGAUGACUGAGUGCUGACAAAGAAACCGGGGGAGCCCUUCUGGCUUCGGUUUACACCCGCGAACUUAAAAGGCACGCGCUUAAAGCUCAGCCAAAGAUUUUUUUUUUUUUUUUUAAUAAACAUUUAUUUUUUUGGGGAGGGGGAAAGGGAACCAUGCCUGUUCGGAGAGGUCAUGUUGCUCCACAAAACACAUUUCUAGGAGUGAUUAUUCGGAAAUUCGAAGGACAAAAUAAGAAAUUCAUCAUAGCCAAUGCCCGCGUGCAGAACUGUGCGAUCAUCUACUGCAACGACGGCUUCUGCGAGAUGACGGGCUUCUCCAGGCCGGACGUCAUGCAGAAGCCGUGCACGUGCGACUUCCUGCACGGCCAGUUCACCAACCGGCACGCGGUGGCCCAGGUGGCACAGGCGCUUCUGGGCUCUGAGGAGCGCAAGGUGGAGAUCACCUAUCACCGCAAGGAUGGUUCAGAGUUCCCCUGCACCACCCACAUCAUCCCAGUAAAGAAUGAGGAGGGCGUGGUCAUGAUGUUCAUUCUGAACUUCGAUUACAUCCUGGACGACGUCAGCUGUGACUCACUGGAGAGACUCAACCACACGUCGCCCUCCAAAGCUGAGCAGCGUAGAGGAAGAUUCUUCCGCUUCCGUUUCCCAGCCUUACCUCUCCUGGGCAUCAGCAAGCAGUCCCUUCCCCAAGAGGACCCUGACGCAGUCAUGGUGGACUCUCCUCGACACAGUGACGGCUCGGUGGCCACACGAGAUUACCAACUUCCCACUACUCGUGAGAGUUGCAGUCCCUCCUAUGCUAACGACACCCGCUCUCUAAUCGGCCCCAGCCACUGCUCAACCCCGGUGUCGGGGCCCUUGGACCACUCAUCCCCCAAGGCACCCUGGGAUCGGAUCUACCAGGGUCAGGCUGUUGCCCUGACCCAACACCAGAGCCAAGAGGAUACACUUACUGCUGCACCGUCAAUCCCGGGCCUUACUCCAACUCCCUCCAGAGAGAGCAUGUGUAGUAUUCGCCGAGCCUCAUCUGUACAUGACAUUGAAGGGUUUGGGUCCAAGUUCAAAACUACAUUCAGGGACAGGCAUGCCAGUGAAGACAAUGGUCGCAAUAUCAAAGUAUCACGCUCCUGGAUGGCUGGGGGGCCACUCAGCCACAUCAAAUCCAGCCUGCUUGGCUCCACCUCCGACUCCAAUCUCAACAAGUACAGCACCAUUAACAAGAUCCCCCUGAUCACCCUCAACUUCUCUGAAGCAAACAAUGAAAAGAAGUGCCCCUCCUCUCCUUCUUCUGAGAAGACCAUUAUAGCCCCAAAAGUCAAAGACCGCACACAUAACGUCACAGACAAAGUUACACAGGUUCUUUCCCUGGGUGCAGAUGUGCUGCCUGAAUAUAAACUGCAGACUCCACGUAUAGACAAAUGGACCAUCCUCCAUUAUAGCCCCUUCAAAGCAGUGUGGGAUUGGCUCAUCCUGCUGCUGGUCAUCUACACUGCCAUUUUCACUCCCUACUCUGCUGCCUUUCUCCUCAAUGACCUCGAGGAGCAGAAAAGACGGGUGUGCGGCUACUCGUGUUCUCCACUAAAUGUGGUAGAUCUGAUGGUGGACAUUAUGUUUAUUGUGGACAUCCUAAUAAACUUCAGAACCACUUAUGUCAACUCCAACGAGGAAGUGGUCAGCCAUCCGGCCAAGAUUGCUAUUCAUUACUUUAAAGGCUGGUUCCUCAUAGACAUGGUGGCGGCCAUCCCAUUUGACCUACUCAUCUUUGGCUCAGGAUCAGAUGAGACCACCACUCUGAUUGGCCUGCUAAAGACAGCCCGUUUGCUACGCCUGGUGCGAGUCGCUCGUAAGCUGGACCGCUACUCAGAGUAUGGUGCUGCUGUUCUCAUGCUGCUCAUGUGUAUAUUUGCCCUAAUUGCCCACUGGCUAGCCUGCAUCUGGUAUGCAAUUGGCAACGUGGAGAAGCCUUACCUGGAGCAUAAGAUCGGCUGGUUGGACAAUCUCGGAGUUUCAAUAGGAAAGAAAUACAACUACAGUGACCCGAGCUCAGGCCCUUCCAUCAAAGAUAAGUACGUUACAGCUCUUUACUUCACCUUCAGUAGUCUGACCAGCGUGGGCUUUGGGAACGUCUCCCCCAAUACCAACUCUGAGAAGAUCUUUUCCAUCUGUGUCAUGCUCAUUGGAUCUCUAAUGUACGCCAGCAUCUUUGGGAACGUGUCCGCUAUCAUCCAGAGGUUGUACUCUGGUACAGCCAGGUAUCACCUCCAAAUGCUACGAGUCAAAGAAUUCAUCCGCUUCCAUCAGAUCCCCAACCCACUCAGACAGAGGCUAGAGGAGUACUUUCAACACGCAUGGACGUACACCAACGGCAUCGACAUGAAUAUGGUCCUGAAGGGUUUCCCAGAGUGCCUGCAAGCUGAUAUUUGCCUCCACCUUAACAAGAGCCUCCUCCAGGGGUGUAAGGCAUUUCAUGGAGCAACUAAGGGCUGCCUCCGGGCCCUGGCCAUGAGGUUUAAGACCACCCACGCACCCCCUGGAGACACAUUGGUCCACAGCGGAGACGUGCUCACUGCGCUUUACUUUGUGUCCCGGGGUUCCAUCGAGAUCCUUAAAGAUGACAUUGUGGUGGCCAUCCUAGGUAAGAACGACAUCUUUGGUGAGAUGAUCCACCUGUUCUCUAAGCCAGGGAAAUCCUGUGCAGACGUUCGAGCACUGAGCUACUGCGACUUACACACCAUUCAGAGGGAUGAAAUUCUGGAGGUGCUUGACAUGUACCCGGAGUUCGCUGACCACUUCUUCACCAACCUGGAGUUGACCUUUGAUCUUCGUGAUGAAAACGCAAAGACGACCUACCUUAGUGACUCCAACAUGGUCGAUGUGACGUGCCGAAGAAGGGUUUCCUACAAGAAAAAAUCCUCCACAGGCUCGCACAGCAAGGAGUCAGCGGCCCCGCACUGCGACGUCAAGCAGGGCAGGAACGUCUACGCCUCGUCACCAGCCGAGGACAGGAGAGAGUCUGCCGAGGAGGGAGAAGAGGACGAGGAUGACGAAGAGGAGGAGGGUAGGGAGGAGGAAGAGGAACAGAGGCCCUUGUGUUCUGGUGUUCUAGGCUACCCGGUGGUUAGGGACCACACCCUGGGUCUUGGGCUGAACAGUGCUCACGAGACACAGGCUGGAGAUAACACACAGAACCAGGAAUAUAAAGAGCUCCAUGCAGAAGACUGGGUGCACCAGCAUCCUGGCGAGGGGGUUGAGGAGUCGGCUCAGAAUCAGGAGAUGCCUGCUGGGGAGGACGACAGCGACACGGACCUCACCUACGGAGAGGUGGAGCAACGGCUGGAUCUGCUGCAGCAGCACCUUAACAGACUGGAGUCCCAGAUGACUGCAGACAUCCAGGCCAUCCUGCAGCUCCUCCAAAGGCAAACUGCAUUCGGUCCCCCCGCCUACUGCACAGUCACUUCCAGCCCUGAGUACCCCAGUCCAACCAUCAGGGUCCAGCCGGUGUCCGCCAUCCAGACAGAUCUCAGCCUUGACCCGGCUCCACCUCAGCCGCAGGGCCCUGACUCCGAGAGCUCUCCUAUGAAAUCCAAAGAAUCCUCUCCAGUUGUCCUCCGCACACAGACUCUUCCAGAUGGGAACUUUGCAGGGCCUGUGGGCAACCCCAACACGGAACAAAGACACAUGACUAACGGCAGCGAUUCAGCAAAGCCGCUUCACCAACAGCCACUCCGGUUCCCAUCAGGGCGACAAGCUUCUCUCCCCGACGUCCCCAACAGCUCAGGAAUGUUGGGACUCCACAGGCCAGUAUCUGACCCAGGCCUUCCAGGACAAUAGCCCUGCCCUCAACCCUACAAGACUAAAGGUCUUCUCUUAAGCUUGACUCAGGGUCUAAGAAAGAGACUGAAUAUGCAAAGGAUAAAAACUGUAGAUUUUCUUCCAUUCCUUUUGAGAACAUCUCUGAAGCCUGCCCUCCACACUCUGAUCUAGAUCUACAAAAUCCAUUUAUACUGAGGUAUUCAUACACUAUAUUAUUAACAUAUGUAAAGUCAUCAACUAUCCUGUACAUAGUUCAAAUAGACCACUGCCAGCAACACAAAGCACCUAAUGUGCUAUUUCUAGAUAUGCAUGAUUUCCAUUCCCAUAUUUUCUGUUGUUGCAUGUUCUUCGUGUGCUGCAACUCACGAGGCAUUCAGGUGUGAUCAGUGUGUGCACAGACUACUGUAGCUAUCAUUUUCUACAUAUUUGCCUCUAGCGAACAAAGGUACUUGAAACUCUGGCUGAGGCAUUACUAUUUGGCAGCAUGAAAUAAAACAGCCUGUGCUUUCCCUGAACUUGGAGGUUACUUUCCUGGAUCUUAGUUUUUCUUCUAACCUCAAAGUCUGGUGAAAAUAUGGGCUGUAUUAUGUAGUGCUACCGUAUAUUUUACUCCACCGCUUUGAAGUUUGGACCUUUUUCUAGGGAAUGCUGUCACCAACUGAUGAGAUUUGUCUGUUCAUUUAGCGUGCCUACUGUCCACCACGACAGGUGAAACACCACUUCUUCCGAAACUCAAAAUUCACAACUGGAAGAAUAAGACCUCGUUUAGCAAACUGACUGCUUUUGAGAGCAAUAAUGAAGGGCCGGUGCAGGUAACACACUGGGUCUUGGUGUAUCUGAACAGAGGUAAAUAUAUUUUUAACAAAAACAAGGAACUCAACGGCAUUUAGAAAACCUCAUUAACAGGCCAUGUAGGACAAAGUGAGUUAAUUGGUAGAUUUUAAAAUAUA